CACACACACACACACAGAGGCAGAAGGAGGGAGGGAAAGAGAGCGAGCGCGCGCCACACACAUACACACACACUACGAGGGAACCCCAUCAGCUGGAAGAAUAGAGUAACCUUACAACUCAACACUCAUCUCACGCGCUCAUGCCCAAAAUCAGCAGGACGCGCGCGCCUCCGCUCCGUACAUGAGAACGAGACCCAAACUAACGCGUCUGUUUCUGAAUCAACAACAAAAGUAGAAGAAGAAAAAAGAGCCACAGAGGAGAGCCAGAGCUGGAGAGAAGAGGGGAAGCAUGGAGUAUUUCAUGGUACCAGCUCAGAAGGUGCCCUCCUUGCAACAUUUCAGGAAAACCGAGAAAGAAGUCAUAGGGGGCUUGUGCAGCUUAGCAAACAUUCCCCUCACGCCAGAGACGGCGCGGGACCAGGAGCGGCGCAUUCGGAGGGAAAUCGCCAACAGUAACGAGCGCCGACGUAUGCAGAGCAUCAACGCCGGCUUCCAGUCCCUGAAAACACUCAUCCCGCACAGUGACGGAGAAAAACUCAGCAAGGCUGCCAUCUUACAGCAGACAGCCGAAUACAUCUUUUCUCUGGAGCAGGAGAAGACGCGGCUGCUGCAACAAAACACCCAACUCAAACGCUACAUACAGAAGGAGUUCAGCGGCUCGUCCCCAAAGAGGAGGCGCGCGGAGGAGAAGGACGAAGGCAUCGGCUCUCCAGAUAUCCUGGAGGAGGAGAAGGUGGAGGAUCUGCGGAGAGAGAUGAUCGAACUCCGACAGCAGCUGGAUAAAGAGCGAUCCGUUCGCAUGAUGCUGGAAGAGCAGAUCCGCUCACUGGAUGCUCACUUGUACCCUGAAAAGCUAAAGGUGAUUGCACAGCAGGUCCAGGAACAGCAUGUGCAGACACAAACCCUGCUCCGUCUUCAGCAGCAGCAGCAACAGGAACAGCUGGGAAAAGAGUCCAGCACUCCUGCACGCAGCCCGCUGGUGUUUUCUCCUGCCACGCCGCCUGCGCCCACUCAACACGCAACAGUAAUUGUUCCUGCCCCUGCACCGCCUCCGCCACCCCAUCAUGUCACCGUGGUAACCAUGUGCCCCGCCUCCGUGAUCAACACAGCAUCCACAUCACGACAGAACUUGGACACCAUUGUGCAGGCUAUUCAGCACAUUGAAGGCACGCAGGAUAGGCAGGCAGUGCCCGAGGAAGAAAAGCGUCGUGCGGUUAUCGUCACCCCGGGCCGAGUCCUGACAGACACCGGCGACUCCGACACCGCCUCCGACAACGAAGGAUCUGAGGACUGUUAACUGCCCCGCUCGCCCCCGCCCUCAUAUCCACCCUCCACGUGUGUACAGGGGGGUGCGCAGCCUCCUGCAGAAAUACUCUCUCUCUCUGUCUUUCUCCUCUCCUCCUGUCUUCUUCACACUCUCAUACGGGACUCACAGACUCAAUGACUUGAAGGUUUCUUGGGGGGAUUAAAAAAAAUGUUUAACAAAAGAAAACAUUGAGGGGAUUAAAUAAAAGGAAAUGUUACAGGAAAUGUGCCGAAGACAGAACGAGCACGCUUAUGUAUACUCACACAGUACUCCAUAGCACUCUGGUCACUUGUUAAUACGUUCAUAUUACACAGCCCUUCUUCAUACUCAUCCGUUAAAAUAGUGUUCAGUUUCGCUAACACGCGCUCCUAAGUAGGUCUGUCUGAAUCUGCUAUGGGUCUUCCAGGCCUCUCACUUCCUGUUUUCACUUCCUGCCCAUACGAGGGCAUUCGAGUGUUCUGAUUGGAGGAUUCCCAUUCCUGUUUCUUGCGCUACAAGACGUCUCAUCUCUCAAAAACAACCCCUUUGCCCCAGCCUCUCUCCGCUCCCCCGCCCCGUCAUAUUUCUCUUUCUGUUCUGGGAGGCUUGAAGCAUCACUGUGAGCCAAUGAGACUUCAGAAACCUGUUCCACACCUUGGCUUCCGGAAACUUUAGAGGAAAUGUUACCUUUUUUGUUUUUCACUUUUUUUCGGUUGCAGACAUGCUCCCAUUUGCUGACGGGCGCCGAUAGCUGGAUCAAGACCGCCGUUGCUUAAAGGGGCUUCGUGUCAUGCACACUUUGUAAAUAACGCAAAGAGAGACGAGGGGGAACUUUGUGCACUUAUUGUCGCUCGCCUUUACUGGGCUGGGUUCCCAGUACGCACACUUGUGCAAGGUGAAGCACUCCCUCCGUCACCAUAAAAGCCCCCCUAGUCCUGUCCUAAAAAAUUCUGGCAGUUUUUUUUCUCAUGUUUUUUUGUAUGUCAAAUGAAAUAAGCUAAAUGGCAGGUACGUCUACCUGCAAGUAAAUUUGUAUCCUUUUUUUGUUAGCACACUUGCUAAUAGAAGCGUAAAGUUCUGUUCGUUGUAAAGACAGUGUGGAAAUAGCACUACCAGGGUUGUCAAGGCCCGAUAUAAGCCUAUGCAGCUCUUUUGGUUCUCGCCCCCUUCAGAAUGAACUUUGCGACCCUUCUCCUAGAUGUUUUGUCUUGUCCGUUUUGUCCUGUCAAACGCACAUUUGCAGCGUUACGUGAUGUUUACGGUUGAACCUAGGAGUGGCUGGCCUGUAAUCUUGCGCUCUAUGCACUCGCUAGUUCACUCCGCUCAUUUUGAAUGUUUUGUUUUCUCUGUAACUUUCGCCGUACAACUUGUACAAUCGUACACCCUGCAGAUAAUCAAACGCAUGGCGACGUGGUGCUAUUCCUGCUUGGGCUCUCCGGAAAAAAGCUAGAGAUGUUCAGUCCUAUAGGCGCACCGUCCUGCAGAGCUUAACUCCAACUCUACAUACCUAAGCAAAGGUAAUCAAUUGGUGCUAAAUGCUGCAAGAGUUGCUCCUUUGGGAUUUUUAAAGCAAUCGUUCACCCCAAAACUGAAGAUGAUGGCGUUUAUUCACAAAUUUCUUUCUUUCGUUGAACACAAAAGGUAUUCUGAAGACUUCCUGAAACUGCUAGCUACUGACGAACAUAUGUUUCUCCUACGAUGAAUGUUAACGCUUACAAGUUUUCAGCUUUCUUCAGGAUAUCUUUUGUUGUGCUUGAUGGAGAGUAAAUAGUAGUGUCGUCACGAUACUACAAUUUCGGUACUGAAAUUUUAAAGCAUCGCUAAUUGUUUGAAAGCCGCGUAGAUUAGUCGAUCCAUCAGCGGAUCACUUGUAUGUCAGCUCAUAGACGUACCAGGCUUUAAAACAAUAUAUUUCCAGCUAACAUUUGAGUGCGUUCUUAAACCGCUAAUGUGCAAAUGCACUGCUAAUUGUUUUAAAGCCACGUAGAUCAGUUGAUCCAUCAGCGAAUCGCUCAUAUUUCAGCUCAUCGGCAGACUAGCUGAUCCUCAUAGCUUUAAAGCAAUCCAGUGUCCCUGUAUCGAUGUUUGCACUCUGUGAACAGCGAUGAACGUCACAGCCAAUCACAGUCAUUUCUGUUGAGCGUGUGAACACAAUGGCCAAUCAUUUGUGUUUAAUGUUCUUAAAUGUUAGCGGGAAAUUAACUUUUAAAAAAUUUUAGUACUGUUUGGGACCGAAAUGCUAGUAUCAUGACACGUUUUGGGUGAACUAUGCCUAUAAGACAGAGGUCUCAAACUCAGUUCCUCAAGGGCCGCAGCUCUGCACAGUUUUGCUCCAACCCUAAUCAAACACAGCUGAUCUAGCAGUCUCGAACACCUUGAUUAGUUGGAUCAGCUGUGUUUGAUUAGGGUUGGAGCAAAACUGUGCAGAGCUGUGGCUCUCCAGGAAUCGAGUUUGAGACCUAUGCUCUAAGUGUUUCUCAACCACAUUCCUGGAGGACCACCAGCUCUGCACAUUUUCCGUGUUUCCUUAACCAAGCACACCUGAUUCAGAUCAGCAGCUCAUUAGCAGAGACUGAAAUACCUGUAAUGGGUGCGACUGACAAGGUGACAUCCAAAACAUGUAGUGCUGGUGGUCCUCCAGGAACGUGGUUGAGAAACACUGCUCUAAGACGCCUCUUGGAUAAGCCAUGCGAAACUGUGAGCUCCUCAUACCCCUGGUGGGAUUGAGAGACGGAGCGUGUAUAUAUCCCGUGCCAGUGGCUUGCCUUAACACAGCUUCGGUGUGCGCGGUGAGGCACAGAGGCCUGCCUUAAACUAGCCCUGAAGGUGGCGCUAGAGAGCGAGGCCGGACGGCAGCGGUAAGACAUGGCGCCCCACAGUCGUCGUCAUCUCCAGUUGCAUCUCCAAACAUUCCAGAAAAGUCUGUUGUUGUUGUUUUGUGUUGCCGGUGAUGCAUCCGGCACGAUUUGGCCAUAGUCGAAAGUGUCUUGUUUUUAUUCACAUUAGACUGAAAUCUUUGAAAGCGUGCAUGUCCCUGAUCCCUUUCCAAAUUAUUACAGGGGAAUCUUUUUGCUGCUGGACAGAUUGUGUGUUGUUUUUUUCCCUUCUGGAUUUAUCAGGUGCUGUCAGCACGCUGGCUCUGUGGAUUUUGUCAUUCGUAUUUGGCUUUCAGAAGAAAGUUCUAGUCUAAUAUUGGCUGUUUUUUCCGUUUUGUUUGUUCAUUGCGCUUUUCUAUUUGGAUAAUGGUUUGCUUGGGUCAUAGAAACGAGUCUUUCGUUUGUUUUCCAUGUUCGGUCUGUAAAAACGGUUGUCUUUUUUGCGAGGAAAAAAGUCUUUUUGGUCCUCCCGUUUGAACAUUUCCUCUACAGAAGCCACAGGGUGUGUGUAUUUUUAGUGUAUUUUCUACUCACAGAAGAAAUCACUGUAAGAAAUCCUGAGGACAUAUCAGAGGUUGGGUUGUGUGUCGAGGGGGAAUGGCGGACGAUUUUAUGAACCUGAAGCACUUACUGUAGUACAACGAGGAGCCACUCUUGUUUUCGUAGAGAUGCUCUCCUCGAACGAAGCUCUUCUCGCUGUGAUUUUUGAACCACACGGCUGUGUUUAACCCUCAGCGUUUUGUCCUGGCACACACACACACACCACACGUCCUCUGGCCGUCUCUGCAGUCUCCAGACUUUGUCCUGUCUCUCAUCUUCUCCCUCUUUUAUUGUCUGUCAUCUCUUGAUUUUUGUUUCGUUUCUAUUUUUGUCUUUUUUUUUUCUUUAUGUGGGACAGUCAGUCCAAUUGGUUGUUGAGAAGCUAUUGUAUUUUUUUUUAACUGGGGAAAAGAGGCUUGUGCCUUUGUAAAAACAGAAUAAUAAAGUUUGUACUUUGUUUUUUACAA